AUGAACAACAAAUUUGAUGCACUGAAAGAUGAUGACAGCGGGGAUCAUGAUCAGAAUGAGGAGAACAGCACACAGAAAGACAGUGAGAAGGAAAAGAAUGACAAGGACAAGAAUCAGAACUCCUCUAGGAAGAAGACCGUAGUGCCAGGUCCAGCAGAGCACCCUUUGCAAUACAACUACACAUUCUGGUAUUCUCGCAGGACACCAGGUAGACCAACCAGCUCUCAGAGCUAUGAACAGAACAUCAAGCAAAUUGGUACCUUUGCCUCUGUGGAGCAGUUUUGGAGGUUCUACAGUCACAUGGUACGUCCUGGGGAACUGACGGGGCACAGUGACUUUCACCUCUUUAAGGAAGGGAUCAAGCCAAUGUGGGAGGAUGAUGCAAACAAGAAUGGAGGAAAGUGGAUAAUCCGCCUACGUAAAGGUCUAGCAUCUCGGUGCUGGGAGAAUCUUAUCUUAGCCAUGCUAGGAGAGCAGUUCAUGGUCGGGGAGGAGAUCUGUGGAGCUGUGGUCUCUGUACGCUUUCAGGAAGAUAUCAUUUCUAUCUGGAAUAAAAAACGGCUAGUGACCAAGCAACAACUGCUCGGAUCCGAGACACCUUAAGAAGAGUCCUGAAUCUGCCUCCUAACACAGUCAUGGAAUAUAAAACGCACACGGACAGUAUCAAGGACAAAACAAGUUUCCGAAACACGAAAAUUGCUUUGUGA